AUGGUCAAACUUCGUCUACCAAAGUUCCCGCAAAAGCUCCUGUCGGCAGUUGCUCUGCCAAAGUUCAUGCCCCACUAUAGGGAAGUUGAUGACGAUCUUAUUGAAGACGAGGUAACCGGUGAGGCCGAGAAGACUGAGAAGGCUGAUGAGCCCGUGGUUGUUCGUGAAUUCAGAGACGAGGCCAACAAGUCGUGGUGGGCAUACUUUGACGAGUAUGAGUACAGAGAAACCAAGGAAGAGUCCAAGAACCACAAGUGGUGGUAUUGGUUCGAACCAGGUACUUCCGCAGCAGAGAAAAAGUUGAUUUGCAAGCUGGACGUUUUCAUCGCGUUCUACGCGUUCUUGGGCUAUUGGAUCAAGUACAUUGAUACCGCUAACCUCAACAACGCAUAUGUUUCUGGAAUGAAGGAAGAUCUUGGUAUGAAGGGUAACGAUUUGAUCAACACCCAGGUGUUGUUCACCGUUGGUCAGAUCAUUUUUGAGCUGCCAUGGGUUUACUUCCUUCCAAGAGUUUCUGUGACAUAUGCUGUCUUUUUCUGUGAGCUUGUGUGGGCCACUUUCACCCUCGUCAUUUAUCGUGCCGAAGGUCCUGCAGCUUUGAAGGGAUUCAGAUUUGUCGUCGGUGCUGCCGAGGCCAUCUUCUUCCCAGCUGUCCAUUACAUGCUUUCUUGUUGGUACAAACCCACCGAGGUCAGCAGAAGAGGAGGCUUCUUCUAUAUGGGUCAAUUUCUCGGAGUGUUGACUUCUGGUUUGCUCCAAUCUGCUGCCUUCAGGGACUUGAACGGAGUUCAUGGACUGGCCGGCUGGAAGUGGAUGUUCAUCAUCGACGGAUGUAUUUCCUUUGGUGUUGCCUUUAUUGGUCUUGCACUCAUUCCUGGUACUCCAACCAACUGCUACUCUCUGUGGUUGACAGACGAUGAAAUCAGACUGGCCAGAGAGAGAAUGGCUAGCAAUCACUCUAAUUUGGCCAAGCCAACCGUCAAGUCGUUUUUCAACCUCAAGACCUGGACCAACGUCCUCACUUCGUGGCACGUUUAUGUGUUGUCGAUUGCUAACAUUUUCUUCUUCAACGUCAACAACACCUCUUCCGGUUCGUUUACUUUGUGGCUGAAGUCUCUUCAGAGAUACUCCACCGGAAAGCUGAACAACCUCAGUACCCUCCCACCAGCGCUUGGAAUCGUGUGGGUUUUCAUUUCGUGUUUCGGAGCCGACUUCACUAGAAAACGGUUCUUCAUGAUGGUGUUUGCCAUUAUCCUGAAUUUCAUUGCCAACGUGGUUCUUGCCGUUUGGGACGUUGCCGAGUCUGCCAAGUGGUUUGGCUUCUGCAUGUCAUACUGGUCGUGGGCUCCAUCCUCAAUUCUGUAUCCUCUCAUUCACGACAUGAUGAGACACGAGGUCAACCAGAGAAACAUCGAAUGGAUGAUCACCUAUAUCAUGGGUCUCCAAUCGUCAGCCUGGGUAUCCAGACUUAUCUUCCCAACCGUGGACUCUCCUUCUUUCCCCAAGGGUUUCUCCUCCUGUGCGGCCUUCUCCGGUGCUUUCAUUGUGACCAUGGCCGUGGCAUAUGUUCUGUACAAGCGUGACGAAAAGAAGAGGGCUAUGGAGUACGGUAUCUUUGUGUUCAACUCGGCCAAGGGAGAAACCAUCCCAGCAGAAUACCAGCUGACGUCCGAGAAGGUCAAGAACAGUGACCCAAGCGACGAACCAAGCGACGAACCAAGCGACUCCAGCUCGAAGGAAUAG